AUUAAACACCCCGCCGCUACAGUCCCCAUUUUCAUAGGCGAAAUGGCUCUUUUUUCUCAACCGGUCCCUGUUUGGGAAACGAGUUCUUGAUUAUGGUGGCGGUAGUAGAAACGUUGGAUCCUUUGCUGCCUUAUCCUUUGUGCUUUGUCCUGAGCUCUGCGUAUCUCAUGACAACAAUUCAUAAGCAUAUCAUAGAAAAUGACUCAACAGCUCAUAUGAAUGAACGGAAUAAGUUUAUAGAAUCUCUUUGCCAGCUUUGACACUAUUUCUUUGUCUUUUGAGUUCAUGUCUUUCUUCUACCUAGAGGAAAAGCCAGGUUGUUAGGCACCUUCGCUCACCAGACCCCUGUUACAUAUCUGUAUUAAUAUCUGAUGUGAGAGCCCAGUUGUUCAAUUUGCUUGAUUUUGGGGUUUUUAUUCGAUUUUUGGAAGAUGGGUCUGGACGAUUUGGCCGUUGAGAAGAAGAGAGUUGUGGUUAUUGGUGGCGGAGCUGCGGGUUCUCUGGCAGCUAAGACCCUUCAAAACUAUGCAGAUGUUUACCUGAUUGAUACUGACAUGGACGAACCGCUAAUUGAUUUCAUUUGGAAGGUGAUUUAAGGGUAAGCAAGGAAACUUUUUAUAAUUGACAAGAAUUGUAUAGUCAUUUUUAAAUAAUUUGCUUAAGUUCUGGAGAAAUGUCAGGUGGUUUUGUUAAUUUCUUCUCGGUUGAAAAAUGCAAUUUCUCCUGCACAUCCUCUCCAUGUUCAGGAGCAAUGUCAGGUUCACCAAUACCAGGAAAGAGUAUUUUGAAAUCACCUGGGCAAGCUUGAGAUCAAUGGUUGAACCUUCAUUUGCGAGAAGAUCGUUAAUUAAUCAUGUAGAAUACCUGCCUAAAGCACACGUCGUCGCAACCACUGCAGUUGAUCUCACAGACAGUGAAGUCCUGACCACAGAAGGACGCAUGGUAGCUUAUGAUUAUCUUGUAAUUGCCACAGGCCACAUGGGUGAUGGCCCCAGCACAAAGGCUGAGAAGCUUAAUUACUACCAAGCAGAACAUGAGAAGAUAAGUUCUGCAAACUCAAUAUUGAUAAUUGGCGGGGGGCCAACUGGUGUAGAACUUGCUGGUGAAAUAGCUGUGGAUUUUCCUGAUAAGAAGGUGACACUGGUUCAUCGGGGAUCUAGGUUGUUAGAGUUUAUUGGAGAAAGGGCAGGAAAAAAGGCACUUGAUUGGUUGAUCUCAAAGAAUGUUGAAGUCAUCCUGGGGCAGUCAGUUAACUUGAAUGAAAGUUCAAAUGGCGUUUAUCAAACAUCUGCCGGAGAAACCAUCGAGGCUGAUUGCCACUUUAUCUGCAUAGGCAAGCCAGUUGCUUCAUCCUGGCUAAAGAAGACUACUUUUGGUGACAGGGUGGAUGUCCAUGGAAAGUUAAUGGUGGAUGCAAAUUUGAGAGUCAAAGGUCACAAGAAUGUGUUUGGUAUUGGUGAUGUCACUGAUAUUCCUGAACUCAAACAAGGCUACCUGGCUGAACAGCAUGCUUUGGUGGCUGCUAAGAAUGUGAAGCUGUUGAUAAAAGGAGAAAACGAGAAGAGAUUGGCAACGUAUAAGCCUGCUUCAUCAGCAUUGGCAAUCGUUUCACUGGGGAGAAGAGAAGCAGUGGCUCAAAUUUUUUGUAUAACCAUUGUUGGGCGCCUGCCUGGCUUGAUAAAAUCUGGGGACUUAUUUGUUGGGAAGACGAGAAAACAACUAGGCCUAAGCUCCAAUGUUGACUAGGAUGCUUACUUUUGUGUUCACGUGAAUUUGUCAAAGUGCAAUCUGUAAGUUUAUAAAAUGCUCACUGUAUAAUUAUUGCUUUGGGAGAAGGCAAAUUCUCCAAUUCUGCAACCAGUUAGA